UGCCUUCCAAAGUCCACCGUUAUCCCCCUCCUUCUAGGCAAAAAGGACGUGGCAGUAGAAGCAGUUACAGGGUCUGGAAAAACCCUCGCCUUUGUUAUUCCCAUUGUCGAACUUUUGGCUCGUCGCUUGGAGCCCUGGAAAAAACACGAGAUCGGUGCUCUUGUUAUUUCGCCCACAUUUGAGCUGGCUGGGCAAAUUCUCGAGGUAUUUCAAGCCUUCCUGAAGCACUUUACUGACGAGGAUGGACAACCGCUCUGGACUUCCAUUCUUCUGGCGGGUGGUGGUGGUGCUGGCGCCAAAACAAACCGGCUGGAGGACCUGCAGCGUUUUGUGGCGACGGGUGCAACUAUUAUGGUCGCCACACCAGGACGCCUUGUAGACAUGGUUACCAAGGCCGCAGCCCUCGGUCAGGUGUCUGCCGACCAAUCCCACAAUCCUAUUCUCCGUGGUUUCCGCAGCUUGGUUAGUUCACGCGCAUUUUUUUUACUUCCUAAAUCAAACAUAUACAGAAGGAGAAAGGGCGUUCAUCGGCAGAGGUUAAUUUGUUAUCUGACGUUUCGGAUAAUUAUCUCGUCCAUUCAUCUUCAGAGAAUGAAUACUCUGGCAGGUGCAAGU